UGAUUUCCCUCAGUUGCAUAUAAACCCAGGAACGAAACGAACGCAUCAAUAAUAAUUCAAAAAUGAGACUUCUAAUUAUUCUUUGUUCUUUAACUCUCUUCUUGUGUGCAGAAUGCGGUCUACUAAAAAGCGUGCUUGAUACAGUGUCUAAUGAGGUACAUAAAAUAAAAGAUGGAAAUGUUGUUGAAAAUGUGGUUAAUAUAGUUCGUAAUGAAACCAAGGGAAUCGUGGAAGACUUGGGCGAUUUACUACAUACAAGGAAAAAUCAGAAUGAUAAGAAAAUAAAACCGACAGUAACCGAUAAGGACAAAAAAGUCGAAGAAAUUCCAAAUUCGACAAGGAAACCCGUAACGAUUCAAGAUUCAACAGCUAAAAUAGAUAAAGAUGAGCAUAUUCAACCAGUUUCUAAUAAUCAAGACCAUAAAAUACAUCCUGCAACUGAAGAAACUGUUAAUAAAAUCCCUGAUAACACAAAUCAGGCAGUCGAUUCAACACAAAUUUCGUCAGAAUCAAGUGAUACGAACCGAUUAGUAUUUAAUGACGAAGAUUAUAACUACGGAGAAGGAACAAUAGUGCCAAGAACAGCUCGACAUAUUAAAGUUGACAACAAAACAAAACAAGAUGCAGGAAUUGAACAAACAAUAGAAAAGGACGAUAAAAAAAUAAUUCCCUCAGCUGGUGAAGAAAUAAUUUACGCCAAUACGAAUGUAACGGAGUUUUUUUUGAAUAAUGAUGACUUCGAUGAUAUUAAUUUUGACUCUAGUAAUGUUAUGCCUCCUGGAAAUGCAAGCGUAGAAACUAUAGUUGUCGGAGAUUGUCCUGAAGGAUCAGAGAUAUCGGUUGAUGGAUUAUGUGUUGAAACGUCUACAUCUCGGGUUCCAGCUAAAGCAAAAAACAGAGCUAACUUUGUUGGUGGCUGCUUACAUGGAUUUGGGCAAGCAGACGAUGGAACGUGCCAGGAAAUUAUUUACGAUUAAUUUUAAUUAUUAAACAUAGGGCAUUAUAUAUGCCGUAUAUUUAUAUCAGCAAUAUCUGAUCUACUAUUUUAUUGGCUUGCAUUUUGUUUUAUUUAUUUUAUUACUAUUAUAACGGAUUGUCGUAAAAUGUAUACAUUAUCUAUUUAAAUUUAAAAGUGCAGAAUGUGUGGUAUUUUUAUUAAUAUAAUAAAUGUGAAAGUAUCUCUUCACGAUUUAACCGCUGAACCGAUUUAGAUGAAAUUUGGUAUGGAGAUAGUUUCAGGGCUAAAACGGGGGUGACGGUUUUUUAUGCGAUAGGUAAAGUAUAAUAAAUUACAUUACAUGCGGGUAAUGAGCUAGUUAAAUUUAUUAAUAAAUGUUUAUUAGUAAUUUGUCUUUUUUCAUUGUAUCUUUUUGUUUUUGCAUAUUUUGUCUGAAAAAAAUAUAAAUGUAUAACUAUUAUUCUUAAUAAC